AUGCAAACCCAACCAUGUCAGGGCUUGCUUGGUGGCUUUUUAGAGACAACACAGACAUUGGUUCAGCAGGACGGUCAGGUCGGGCUGUGGAUGACUGCUGGAACGCGGCGCGGCAACGCGGCGCGGUCGACCGCACAGCGCAGGGAGACGGAUGAGGGUCAGCUGGCAGAGCUGCAGAAGGUGACUGACCUGAAACUGGCCGUGACCCACCGGUCGGGUGACGCGGUGAACGCUGCGCUGGCCAAGUACCAAUUGCCUGCGAAGCCUGUGGUGGUUGAGGACUUAGACGGUGAGCUGGCCCCCCCUGGUGCAGUCAGAGGUGCCUGA